AGAUGCCCUGAAUAUUUUGAGGUCAAACAGCCGUAUCAAACAGCCGUCUUGCCGCACAAGAUGAUCUACAGCCAAGACUACUCAAGAACGAUCGAUGAUGUGCGCUUAAUCGUAAAGCACGCAAAACUCGACCACAAGAACCUCACCAACACGGCGCAGGCUAUCUACUACCCGAAGGAAGAGCCCGGGCACGAUUUGGGCAACAUCAAGCUCCUGGAAGUGGACGACCACAUCCUGCAGGCGGUGGAAAACAACGAUGAGGUGUGCUUCAAGGGAGCGCUCAAUGAGAAGGUCGUGUUUUGCACUGAAUCCCGCACGUACGAGGUAAAGGAGGCGGAGAUAUCGAACAGUUUGCUGCUGGUAAACGGGUUGAAGCUGGCCCAAGCGACCAGCCGGUCACCGAUCAAAAGUCCCAAAGGUGGAGUCAACACGUCGAUGGAUAGCAGCAUGGAGGAGGAGGAUGAGUCCGAGGCCAUCGACACGAUCGAUGCCGUUGAGCGCAAGGAGGUUGUAAAGGUGUUUCACGACUAUUUCGAGCUGCGCCAAGUGAAACCAAAGUAUCGGAAGAUUAUUGAUUUGCUACGGUUAACACGAUACGCCGGGCCGGAGAAUGAACAUUUAAUCGAUCGUUCGCUGCUUUUUCGGUUUGGCCAGCUCCUUGACACCGUGCAGUGUAGCAAGGAGGAAUUUCACGAGGGUUUAAAAAAGUAUCGUGCCAUUGAGGUGGAAGAUCGUGUUCGGAUGCUUGACAUAGAAUACGAGUACCGCGUUCUCACGCUGCUGUUGGGUGUGAUCCUAGAAAACUCCUGGGAACUGGAUGCGAUCGAUAAGGACACAACACUCGAAGCGAUGCAAGGAAUCAUACCGUACGAGAUCGUAAACGGAACGUUCGAUGUCUAUACGAUCCCGAGCGAGCGCAUGCCGGACCGGUGGCAGUACCGCGAGGAUAUGGUCUGCGCGUUGUUUGCUGAGAAAAUACUCCAGAACGGGCUGAAAUUUCACAUCGAUGAGUUUCUCGUCACCUGGCAGGAGGCCCUUCCGGAUGGUUUCGAAGUAAGCGAAAAGUAUCUGCGUGGCAUCGGCAUCGUCGAUCGGGAAGGCAAUGUGCCGUGCGUGCGCGGCCUUAACGAAGCCGACCUACCGAUGAACUUACUCGUACGCCUCAAUACACUCUUCCGCACGAAGGAACGGUGGAAUCUGGAGCAGAUCGAACCAUACAUCGAGUGCUUUGCCACGCCGACGGUGGGCGUGACGUCGAUCUUGGCCAAGUACACCCGCUCGCUGGUGGUGAAGGGUGUGCGGAUGUACGUUUCAAAACAUUAACAAGGGUAAGAACAAGAGCAAGACGACGGAAAUGUAUAGAAAAAAUGGGAAAGAGUGGAACAAAAUAUUGCUCAACAUUUAGCAGUUUUUGAUUUAGAUGAUAGGUUAAGUGUUACUCAAACAUAAGUAUUACCAGGGAUAAAGCUUUAUUUGCUAAAAGAAAAAAAACCUAUUCUUUA